AUUCAAUAUGAACAGUCAGCAGAACGUUGACCAGGAGAUCGGUAAUGGAUCGGAAGAGCAGGCAAAGUGCGACUUUGUUACAAAGUCUAAUAAGCCAUUAUAUAUUGAUAUAAUCUUAGAGUUGCCAGAAUCAGAAGACAAAGAGCUUAUCAAGAAUGUUAGAGUAGCUAAAAACUCCCAAGGCGAUAUUCUCCUCUCUUCAGUGUGCAGUAGACUUCAUGAAAUAGGCUUCGACGUCACAGGCAUGAUCGUAUCCUACUAUUCUUCCAUUGAACAGAUGUACAUAUUUGCUGGGAAGGAUCCUAUCCCAUUUGAGAAGGAUGGAAUAUCAGUGAGCAAUCUCUGCAGCAACAGACUUGCUUUGAAGUUUAGAUCUGGAGAUGAUACUUACUCAAAGAAGAGUCUUCCUGUCUCUUCAUUAAAUAAUGAGUCCUCUUCGCUGUGCUAUAGUCUUGAGAAUAAAUUAAAAUUAUCAGAAGGAGGAAUGGGUGCAACUGAUGGAUCUUCUCCAAUCACUACUCCUUGCUUAAAUGAAAUUUCUUCAACACAAAUAACUCCUCCUAUUCCUAGAGCCUCUUUGGAUCCCUCAAUGGGUGGCCCUGACUCUAACACAGCUAAUGCCUCGAGCAGACGCUGUAUCAGGACCAAGGAACGCAAUAUUUCUUUCGUAAUUGAAAAAGUGUCCAUGUGGAGGAAGCUCUACAACGGAAUUCAGAAUCCUUCAGGAAAUAUUACCAGAUACAGUUUGGAUGACUCUGCCAAGAAAGUUGGCAUCAGCAAAAAAUCUCUUGACGACUACCUCUUGCAACUUCGCUAUGGAAAGAAAUUCGGAUUUGACUUUAAUGAAAACAAGGAAGAGAAGAUAGGCAAGCUAAGAGCGUUUGUUAAGAAGAAGAAGAGAGAAGAGAAAGAAAAGAAAGAAGCAUACAGAAAUGGCUUAAGAUAAGGAUUUUG